AUGAGUGAAACAUCCCUUGCAUGGUGGAGACAUUCGCCAGCUUGCUAUCAUGAACCCAAGGUACAUGACCAUGUUCUAUAUUUCCAGCUGGGAUCACUGAAUCUCUAUGUCUUAUUGCCGAUUACUCUUCUCGGCGUCUUUUUCAAUGCUAUAGCUUUAAUUUUUUUGCAUCGCCCUCCUAAGAUCACCUCCGGUGUUAUAGUAUAUCUCAGAGCUUUACUUAUACUUGAUCAUUGUCAAUUAAUUAUAACAGCUGCAACAGUAUUGUUCCCUCAAGUAUGUGAUAAACAUCAUUCACAGAAUCAUACCCUCUAUGGGUUCUGUAUGUUUGAAAGGCGCUUCUUGAAACAUACGAUUCCUCGAAUAGAAGCUACUGUAAAUACGAUGCAUGUAUGGACGAUAGCAGCUUUAUCUGUUCAUCGAUAUUGGAAAAUAUCGCGCCCUGUCGUUUCCCGUUUGAAAGACACAACCAACAAAGCUCAUACGAUGCUUUUAAUUCUAUUUGUGAUAAUAAUGUUAUUUCGUUUGCCAACGUUUCUGUUGGAAUUGAAAUUCAGUUGGAAGCCCUCAUUUCGAGUGAACAAGAGAAUAGCUGCAACCGAGGUUUUAUCACCAUAUCGAUUGAUAUAUCACUCAGUAUUGGAUCCAUUACUGAAUAAUAUUUUGCCUUUCAUGUGGAUGAGUCUAUUUUCGUUAUUAACGCUCCAUGAAAUAUUCCAUACGAGGCAUUUGACAUACUUACAAGUUGGUACUCAUGCCAGAAGGAAUGCCCUCAAUGAAUCACUAACACCUUCGUAUAGUCGGAAAACAGAAAUCCUUCGUCAUAAGCAAGAACUCCGGGCUACAAUCUCAAUUGUUCUCAUCAUCAUCUUAUAUCUGUUAUUGCACUCAGUAACUCUGUUCCUGGUUGUAAGAAAAUGGCAGAUGAUGAUUCAACGUCAAUGUCCCAAUAGAUAUGAUUACUUUAACUCACAUAUUGCACACAUCUUAUCGUUGAUCUCGGCUUCAGUUAACGCAUUCGUAUUCAUCGCUUUCACUAAUCAUCUCAAAAAAUACUUCCGUUUGUUUAUUCGAAAAGCUUCUCGAACGCUCUCGUAUUCGAAUGAGCCUUCAUUAAGUCCUAAAACCACAUCAACAGUUGUUUCAUCUCAUCAUAAGAACGACAUGUAUCUAUGA